AUGUCAACUACAUUUAUUCGAGGUUUUGCCAGUGGAACAUUUGCAUCCAUGGCAUGUGUUUACGUGUAUAACACUAGAGUCUUUAAAACUCCAAGCUCAGACAAUAGACGACUUGAUGAAGAACUAAAGCCAAGGAUAUUACCUGCAGAUCACCCGAUGUUAGAGGAUGUCAAUAAAUUGGAAACUCAACGUAGAAUUUUAAAGUAUGGUAUUCCUGAUAGAGGUCAAGAGUAUUAUAUUUAUGAUAAUCAUGUCCUAGCUUAUGAUCAAGCCAAGAAAAUUCCUAUUUGGGUUGCUGAACACCUGAAUGCCCAAAAUGUGAAAGGCUCUGCCAACAGAAAACAUUCAAAAUUUAAACCUGAUCCUUCAGUUAAUGGUAGAUUUAAUGCUGAAAAUGACGACUAUUUUAAAAGUGGUUGGUCUCGUGGUCACAUGUCACCAGCUGGCAACCACAAAUUUAAUCAGGAAGCCAUGAAUGCUUCAUUCUUCUUGAGUAAUGUGGUGCCUCAAAAUUUUGAAAAUAACAGUGGCUUUUGGAAUCGCUUUGAAAUCUAUUGUCGAAAUUUAACAAAGAAAUUUACUGAUGUCCGUGUAAUUACUGGACCAGUAUUUUUACCUGAUUUAGAAGAGGAUGGACCAGCAAUUGUCAAAUAUCCAGUAAUUGGUAAGGGACAAGUAGCAGUACCAACACACUUAUAUAAAGUUGUCUUGGCAGAAUUAGAUGGUAAACCAAUAGCAUUAGGAGCCUUUGUUGUUCCAAAUAAACCCAUUGGGUUUGAUAAAAAAUUAACAGAUUUUAUUGUGCCUUUAGAAACACUAGAAGAAAAAACUGGUGUCGAAUUUUUACCAAAGUUGAACCUAUCCAAUGUUAAACCUUUAUGUCAAGUCGAUUCUUGUCAUUUGAAAACAAAAGAUGAAUUUGAACUUCAUAUCAUUACUCGGCAAUUAAACCGAGCAGAAAACUUGGACCAGUUAUAUAAGGCUUAUUCUAAACUGGAGAAAAAGAAUCUAAAACCAGAUCAGUAUAUGAUAGAAUUAUUUACUAAGAAGGAAAUGGAAUUAAAAGAAAAACAACUUUUAGGAGAGAGAGAAAAGAAGGAAUUAUGA